AUGAAGCUCCCAGGGCCUCAGCCAUGGCAGAUGAUGAAAACUCAAGCACACUUCCAGCUCCUGCUCCCACCAGGCAAAAUGUGCAGCACCGACUACUCCGGCUUGCUGCUGGCCUUCCAGGUCUUCAUACUGGACGAGCUGGCGACCCGUGGCUUCUGCCAGAUCUGGGUGAAGACAUUUGAAACCCUGGUUUCCAGUACUGUCUGUGACAACUCCUCGGUUCAGGUGGGGUGUCUGACUGCAGAGCGUCUAGGAGUGAAUGUCACGUGGAAAUUACAGCUUGGGGACAUCUCAGUGGCCUCACUUCCAGAUUUACUGAGCAUCG